AUGGCGAGAGUGCUCCACAACUUGCUGUUAUUCCUGAUCGGACUUGCGCAGAGAACCCGAGUUGUGGGGUACUGGUCGCUGAUCUACGCGUAUUGUGCUCUGUGCACCGUCGUGGCGCUGCUGAAACUUUGCUGGAACCUCGUCCUGAGGCCGACGACCACCUUCCGAUGGACGAUCCGGGAGAGUCCGCCCGCCUGUCUGAAUGACACGUCCUUGGGCACCCACUGUUAUGUUAGGAUCAAGGAGUCCGGCCUUAGGUUUCACUAUGUUGCUGCUGGAGAGAGAGGAAAGCCACUCAUGCUGUUCUUACACGGCUUCCCUGAGUUCUGGUUCUCCUGGCGAUACCAGCUACGUGAGUUCAAGAGUGAGUUCCGUGUGGUGGCCAUCGACAUGCGGGGCUACGGAGAGUCCGACUUGCCCCUUUCCACCGAAAGUUACAGCUUCGAGAACCUGGUUACGGACGUCAAGGAUAUUGUGGAGUAUUUAGGGUACAACAGAUGCUGCCUAGUGGGCCAUGACUGGGGCGGGACCAUAGCCUGGCUCUUUGCCAUUCACUACCCAGAGAUGGUGACGAAACUCAUCGUCCUGAACUGUCCCCAUCCUUCUGUGUUCACAGAUUAUGCUCUGCGCCACCCGAGCCAGUUGCUGAAAUCGAGUCAUUACUUCUUCUUCCAGCUGCCCCGCUUCCCGGAGCUCAUGCUCUCCAUCAAUGAUUUCAAGGCUCUGAAGGCCUUGUUCACCAGCCGCAGCACAGGGAUCGGUAGUAAAGGCCGGUGGCUCACUGCUGAGGACCUGGAGGCCUACCUGUAUGCACUCUCACAGCCGGGGGCUCUUACUGGAGCCCUCAACUAUUACAGGAAUGUCUUCAGCUCCCUCCCUCUGAGCCAGAACCACGUCAGGUCUCCUGUGCUGCUGCUGUGGAGCGAGCGGGACACAUUUCUGGAGCAGGAAAUGGCCGAGGCAUGCCGCCUCUACAUCAGGAACCAUUUCCGUCUCAACAUCAUCUCCGGGGCCAGUCACUGGCUGCAGCAGGACCAGCCUGACAUCGUCAACACCCUCAUAUGGACCUUCCUCAAGGAAGGAGAGGGACGCAAGAGCUACAGGAACUAA